UAUCCCUUGCCAUCCAAUUGUUUCUCGAAACAUAGCAACUCUGAUAACCGAAUCAUACGAUGCUCUCUUCUCUUUAUAUCUCAACCUCUCUUUCCGUUUCCCCGAUUUCUCCGCCGUCUACUUCCCGCUCCAAAUUCCGGCCACCUCGCUCCGCCGCUACUUACACUUCGCAACAACAGAAAGGAUCGACGAACGGUUACCUAAGCCGUCAAGGAAUGGCGACGUGCACGUCGUUGUACGAAGUUCUAGGGAUUCCCGUCGGUGCUUCGAACGAGGAAAUCAAAUCGGCGUACCGCCGAUUGGCUAGAGUUUGCCAUCCAGACGUGGCGGCAAUCGAUAGGAAAGAUUCGUCGGCGCACGAGUUCAUGAAGAUCCACGCGGCGUACAGUACCUUAUCGGAUCCACAAAAACGAGCCGUUUACGAUAGUAAGCUUGUAUGGAGAAACCAACGGCCGUUGACUUCGGUUUCUAGGGUUUCAGGAUAUAGAGGGAGGAGUUGGGAGACCGAUCAGUGCUGGUAAACCGAGUCGACUCAUUCACGCUACCGAGUUUGGAAGUUGAACUCAUCAACGAUUUUUAAACUUCCAUAAAUCUGUACAGUUAAUCAGUCAAAUACAUAUAUAUAUAUAAAAAAAAAGCUGAUUUACUAACGACGGCAAAAAAAAAACGACCGGCGAGUUUAGCGGGGGAAAUUAGAGUCGUUUAUUGUGCCACGUACUCUUUUUUGUCGGCCUUUGUUGUGCUUUGGCUGAUAUUUAGGAAGCAGACUCUGAGAAACCGUUGUACUUUUUACAGUUAUUAAAGAUCGAAAUUAAGCUUUUCUUUGUUAAUUAAA